UAAAUUCUGAAACUCUGUUUAUUUAUCUGUCUACUUCUGCAUUUCUCAAAUACGUACGUUAGAUUAAUUUUAUCAAUUGUUUGAUUGAUGAUUCUUUGGUUUUUCUUUCAUUUUGCCUUUUACUGAUCUCAACUGUGUUACAUUUCUGAAAUUGCUUCUAUUCUGAUGAAAUUUGUUUUAGGUUUUAUAUUUUAUUUCUGAAAUUGCUUAAGUUUUUAUGAAAUUUGAAUGAAAUAAUUUUGGGAAAUACAUGAUAUAGUUCAUGGAGAGGAAGGGCAUUUCGGCCUAUAAGCAUCCACGUCCUACUUAGCUUUGCGUUCUAUAUGUUUUUUUUAAUUUAUUUCAGCACUUGAGGAAUAUUGACUCCAGGUCUGAAUAGAUAGAAUGGUUAUGAAUUCCUCGAUAUUUCUGGAUUGAGCCUUAGUUGAUUGAUUGAUAUAUUGAUAGAAUGGUUAUCAAUUCCGAGACAGGAUAUGUUGGUUCUUUAGUGACCAAGAGUACCAUAGUAGAUGAUUAUUCUCCAAGUGGUUUAUGACUUUGUUCUGGCAGUUAUGUGUUGUGUUUCAUCAGCUACUGGGACAUGUGGGUUUAGCAAAACGCUUGGCCUUAAGGAUAUUUAGUCAAUCAAAGAUUAAAGAGUAAAACGAUUUACUUUCUGUGUGCGUGCUCGUGUGGCACACAUACAUGUGUGCCCGCAGGUUUUGCUUACCCUCCCCCCUCCCUUUCUCUUUUUAUCUUUUUAGGAUAAAGGUCACCUGCUCUUUCUGUCAAUGGUGAAUCAUGUGGGGUUUUCUUCCGAUCACUCUUUAAACCCAAUUUUACCUUUGUCCCAAUGUAUGUUCCUUGUGCUUGUAGCUCAAUGUCAAUUAAUUUACUCUUUAGUGGUGAAAUAUAUUUACCGAUCGAGUACACUUUGUGCGCUGCCCACAACAAUUGUUUUAGGAGAAAACAUAUUUCAAGUUGGUCUAAUAUUUCAUGCUGCAGAUUAUUCUUAAUUCAGGGGUUUAUUUUUUUUAAAACUCUAUAAAUUACUGUGAUUCCCCACUUGUGGGAUUACACUGGGUUGUUGUAUAAAUUACUGUGAUUGAUAAGCAUUGGAAGGUUGAAGGGGCCUCUUGAUAAGUUUUCUUGUAGUUUCUAACCUCAGGAAGUUUAGUGAAAUAAUUUAGCAAUUACACUGGGGCAUAAAUGCUGAAUGGAGGUUAUUCAGAUCUUUGAACUACCUCCUCCCCCACCCCAAAUGCACAACUCGCAAGAUCCUGAGCGAAGAAGUAAAAGAAGAUUUUCUGGAAGGAGGAUAAAACAAUUUCAGAGUACAUCAACUUGUCUCCGAAAAAGAUCUAAUUGUAAGAGAGGAAGCAUGUCGAAUUGGUUUGCUCUUUGGGGGAUUUACUGGUUCCUAUCAUGCUCUGAGAUGCUUGCUGAGAAAGCUGAGGAGAAAAGAGACACCCCUAAAUGCGGGAUGAUGGGCAGAAUUUUAGCAGGUUCAGUGGCAGGUCUGGCUAUAUUAGCAUUAGAUGAUUCCAACAGGCGGAGAACGCUUGCCUUGUAUCUUUUGGCAAGGCUAGCACAGUGUGCAUAUAAUUCUGCCAAAACCAAGAACCGGUUUCAUCUGUGGGGAAGUCACUGGAGUCACGGAGAUUCUUUACUCUUUGCAUUGGCAUGUGCCCAGGUCAUGUAUUCCUUCAUAAUGCGUCCUGAG